CAAUGACAUCUAACCUGACAUCCCCCCUGUUUCUUCUGGACUGUGACUCUUUCAAUUAUCACGACCUAGAUGUGGUUAUCCCAUGUCUGUACUUUGCAAUGUUCCCGCUUGCCUUGAUGUUGAAUGGGGUUGCGUCCUGGGUCUCCCUGCACCUGAGCUCAACCUCCACCUUCAUGGUGUAUCUGAAGAACCUUUUGGCCGCUGACCUUCUCAUGACCCUGACCAUGCCUAUAGUGGCGGCCAGUAAACUUCCUACGUCAUCUGUGGGGUUACGACUGUUCUCCUGUCGCUACUCAGGUGUCAUCUUCUACACAUGCAUGUACACAAGCAUCACUCUACUGGGCCUCAUCAGUCUGGACCGCUUCUUCAAGAUCGUCAGGCCCUGUGGCAGGUUGUUGGGUCAGAACCUGGUCUUCAGUAAGGUACUGUCUGUCUCUGUGUGGGUGACGCUGUUUGGAGCCACUGCUCUCCCUACCAUUAUCCUGACCAAUCAGGGUGCCAGCAACAAGACGGAUGCCUCCUGUAUGUCCAUGAAGAGCCCAGCCGGGGUCAGACUUCACACAGUGGUGGUUGUCUUCAUGGAUGUCUUGUUCUGGGCCGUAAGCAUACUGGUUGUAGUUUGCUACAUGUGCAUCACCAACAAGGUCCUCCAGUCCUUCAGAAAUUCCGGCAGCGAAAACAGUCAGGGCAAGCAAAAGACAAAGGUCCGUGUCUUCCUGGUUCUGGUCGUGUUCUCUGUGUGCUUCAUUCCAUUCCACAUCAUGCGGAUCCCACGGACCAUUCAGCAGACCAACAAUGUCAACGGCUGUUCUCAAGUCUCCAUCAACAUCGCUCAAAAGGUGACCCUGUGGCUGUCCACCGUCAACAUCUGCCUAGACCCACUCCUCUACUUCUUCCUGUGCAGGGAGUUCAAAGAGAAACUUAUGGGGAUGCUGAACAGAAAAGGGACACCUUCACAAAUAACAUCAGGCACCACAUAGAACCGCUCAACAUAGACAGGGAGGAGUAUCAUCCAAUUAGACAUUUCUCUAAUUGAGACAAAACACAUUGUAGGCUAAAUAGGGGAUUUUCCUGAGGAAAACUAAAUAAGUUUGUCUUAGAUUGGUUUUGUUUUGUUCUAUAAUUGUUAAAAUGUUUCUACCCAUAAUUGUUGGAGAGCAAGUUGGAUUACUGUGAUAUGUGGUUGUCUCACCUAGCUAACUUAAGAUGGAUGCACUAACUGUAAGUCACUGGAUAAGAGUGUCUGAUUAAUGACUAAAAUCUAAAUGUAAAAUGAAUUAGGUCACACAAGCUGUUAUUUCACUGUUACUUUAGCUUGUUAUCACAGAGCAUGUAAAACCACCCAUUGGGUAUA